AUGAUUACCGCUACCACCACCACCACCACCACCACUAAUACUGAUAAGAUCAAUUCUCCUCACAAUUUGUUCUCCAUUGACGGUCCCGGUGGCACUGACAAAACGUUUCUAUACAAUUGCAUUAUCGGUAAAGUAAGGCACGACUUGGCUAAGUACUACUGUACAUUCUGCAUUCAAACUACCUUCGAAAUCAUCAGAGACGUUCCCGGCUAUCCUAUCGAAAGUACAAAAGCUCAGGUCAUCAGAGAAUCGCCCAUCAUCUUAUGGGACGAAGCACCAAUGUCGCCGCGAUUGGUUAUCGAAGCCGUUGAACGAUAUUUGAGAGACUUGAUGGAUACCCCUGAAACACCGAUAAGAGGAAAUAUUGUAGUUUUUGGGGAAGAUUUUUGA